CCGCCGCGAUCUGUGUUUUGUAAAAAGGAGAUUCUUUUUUUUUGUUCGGCACACAGAAUCCCCGUCGCCGUCGGUGCAGCCUGUUGUUUCAUGGUGCGUGCAGUGUGUUGUAUCGGGUAACCAUGGGAACCAAGCAUAGUUUGGUGGCGGGACACAAUUGUCCCUUACCAAAAAUCAACACUCCGUCCGAAGAAAAUUUCACCUCCAAUAUGGCCGACGAUGAAGCCUUUUCCUGGGUUUUCGAAUCCUUGGUGGGUUUCUUAAAAGGACCCGUCUGGGAAGCUGCUGUCUUAACCUUCAUCGAAAAGAAAUCUGUUGUGUUUGACCCAGUCGAAGGAAAUGAUGAGGAAUACAAAAAAAUACACGAAGAAUACAAAAAUUUAGUGGAUACAAUGUUAAGCAGCCACAUGGAAGAUUUGGGAAUAACUGCUGAUGAGUUUCAAAAGGCAUGUAGCGAAACAGAAAAAAAUAUUCACUCCCAGUUCAGAAAGAGCUUGUUCGAGCAGUUGUGGGCAGCGGAUGAUUAUGAAAUCUUCAAGAGGAUGAUGAUGCAGAAGAAUCUGGAGCUUCAGCUUCAGGCGCUGGAUCUGUUGGCCCACCAGUACGGACUCUUACCGGAAUCUUUCCUACCUGGAGAUGAUUAUGCACCCUCUGAGGAAGAGAAACAGAUCAUGGAAACUGUCGUCAAGCGUUACGUAGAAGAGGCAUCGGAAGAAGAGCCCAAAUUGGAAGAGGAACAAUCAGAGCAGAAGGAAGUGAUACAGGCAACAAAAGCUCGUCUCGAGGAAGAGAGGAAAAGAGAAAUCAAACUGAUGGAAAAGGCAAUGGAAACGUCUUUACACGAAGCUCCUAAAAUUGCCGUUCAAGAACCAUUAGAAAUUACAAAACAAACAGAGGUGUCGCCAGAGGAAGCGAAGCGUCGUCAAGAAUACCUAAGGCAACAGAGAGACAAGCUUUUAGCUCUAAAGAAGCAAGAAAGGGAGAAACUACUUCAGAAAUAUGAAUCGGAUUCUGCUGGUGGGAGACCGAGAUCUGCCCGUGCUGCACAGAGAGCUGUACAGGAAGAGAAAGCUGCUGAUCCAUCCCUCGAUCCCAAUGUCCUAGCAUUUCGAAAGUCAUUAGCUGCCCGGCUCAAAGCCGAAGUCAUCGAUAAGAAGUAAUUACUUCUUCACCAACGGAAAAACCAAAACAAAAAUCGCCAACUUAGCCCGAACAAAUAUUUCAACUGCGGAAACGACUGCUUUUGAUUCUUUAUGAUGCGAAAUACGUAAAACAAAUGAAGCUGUUGUAGUUGUAUCAUUUUCAGCUAUCUAUUUGUUGUUUAGUAAUGUAUUAAUAGAAUAACAUGUCAAAAUAUUUUUGCCACUACGAAAUUAAUAAAGAAAUGCAUUUUUCUAUUUGUAUUAAGAUAUACAUGUAUGUGUUCCUACUGUUGACAAUGUUAUUUAAUAGUUCGUUUUUUUAUAUAUUUGCUAUUGUUGCUUGUUAAAAACUAAUGUACUUUGUGAUGAUCAGUAUUUAAAAUAAAAACCAUUUGCACAA